AUGUGGAACUGCUGCAUGAGAAACAACCAAAUAUCAACACAAGAUGAGAAUGGAGAAAGUAAGAAAGUUGAGCAUAUAAAGACAUCUUCAUGGUCCAAAACGGCAAAGCGAGAAGACAACAUGAAGAAGAAGGUAAGGUUCAAAGUACAAGAUAAUAAAGGUGGUAAAGGUAGACUUGGUAUUAAUUCUACAAAUGUUCCUGUGAGGAUUAGACUUAUGGUGACUAAGGAAGAGUUGAAAAUGAUGUUGAGCAAUAAGAAUGAGAAUGAUGCACAACACACUUCAUUGGAGCAAUUACUAAGAGAUAUGAUGCUGAGAGAAAAAAGCGUGCUUGAGAUUGAAGAAAAUGGAGGGAGCAUAAAUUCUUGGAGGCCUGCUUUAGAAAGCGUUCCUGAGGAUCGCUCUAUGAAGUAG